AUGCGUGCUCUUGAAAUGACACAAAAUGAUCCUGAACUCUCCGGCUUGACAUUGAUACAGGCACCCUUAGUUGAUCAUAUACCAAGUCCUUUUGAAUGUGCAUCAGUUGUUUUUUUGGCAAGUGAAUGUGCAUCAGUUGUUUUUUUGGAGGAUGGAUCAAAGGGAUUGGGUGUUGAAAGUACCAAAAAGAUUUUGUCAGUAUUGCAGAAAAAUGCAAUGAGGAAAGGGUUAUAUUAUGGAGAGCCAAUGGAGGCAAUUGAAUUUCCCCUUUUCCCAUCAAAGGGUUUGAGGUUGAGGAGAAAGAUUCAGGAUUGGUUGAAAGAGUUCCAAAAACUUCCUUAUGUAUCACCCUAUGAAGAUAAUUCACAUUUAGAUCCUAACAGUGAUAUUGGAGAGAAAAGAGUUGUGGGUUUGCUUCACGAAUUUCUUUCUUUGUUUGUUGAGCAUUCAGUUGAAAGGAAGAAGCUUUUGUGCCUUAAGAAGUAUUUUGAGUUGCCCCAGAAGGUGCAUAAGGCAUUUGAAAGGCAUCCCCACAUGUUUUACUUGUCUUUCAGGAACAAGACUUGCACAACAAUUCUUAAGGAGGCAUAUGGUGAUGAUGAACUGGCUAUGGAGAGGCAUCCAAUGGCGAUGAUCAGGAAGAAGUACAUUAAGUUGAUGAAGGAAUCAGAGGUGAUUUUGAAGAGGAGAAGAGCAAACAAUCCAUUUCUUGAAUAUAAGAAGUUGGAUUUUGAAAUGGAUUCUGUCAAUGAAGAAAGAAGAGAAGAGGAGAAACAGUAGGGUUUCAGGCAGACUGGUAGAGACUAAUUAGAGUCUGACAAAUUGGAACUAAUGAGGGAGAGGAUGAUAAAAGUGCAUGAGCUUUUUCAUGAGACAGGCUCCAGAGUUUGUCAUAGUUAUGAUUCCCAGGGUUGGCAGGAAACCUUUUUUUCCUUAUUUCAUUAAUGAAAGUACUCGUGCAAACUGCUUUGCUUGCAAAAAUGGGGUAGGAUAUUCAGGCUAGAUGCACUUUUACAACUGCAAUAUCCACAUUUGCAAUGAAGAGAAGGGAUCAGGUGCCCGCCCUUUAAAUGGUACAAAAUGAUUCUGAACUCACCAGCUUGACAUCGAUACAGGCACCCCUAGUCAAUGUAGAGAUCAGAGGAGUGCCAGCACUUAAAUUUUUGGGAGACAUCAUAUGGAAAUGAGCUCUGAAGAGCAAUAUUAGAAAUGCAGAGAGCCUCCUCCAUCUUUGUGGUCGGCUUGCAUACACUUGGAGGAGCAGCUAAGUUACCAAACAAAAUAGGAAUAGUCAUUCAUUGGCAAACAAGAUAGUUCCAUUACAGCUUUUAACAAAAUUUACAUAAGAAGAAACCAUUUCGUUGAGUGGCAAUUACAGGAUACAGAAGAUGAAGCCCCUAAUAAUCAAGAAGCCAUAUAGGGAAGGUAACGGUUGCAUGUUAAGUUUUUCCAUAUUAACAUGGUUCUUGUUGCAUAUACAUGAAGUUUGUAUUUGUUCUUUUCAAGUCAGUUAGAUUUCUCAUGUAAUAGUUCCAUUUUUUAAAGUUUGUACUAAUUAAUAUAGUAUCAUAUAAGGAGCGGUUAGCCAUUGCACA